AUGGGAUGUGCACAAUCUCUGCCAGAGGAAGAGGCACGAGCCAAAGCUCGCGAUGUCCUCAUCACUCGCGAGAUCAAGCGAGACGAGCAGAUCUAUGCUCAGCAAGUCAAGAUGCUUCUCCUCGGGCCGGGCGAAAGUGGAAAGACGACUGUGCUCAAGCAGAUGAAGAUCAUUCACCUCAAAGGCUUCGGUCAUCACGAAAUUGAACGAUAUAGACAACAGGUAUUUCGCAACAUCUGCGUCAGUAUGCAGAUGAUUGUGCGUGUCUUGGACGAGGAAAGCGCAGGCAAAGUCACGCUCGAAGAGGAGGACAACGAGCGGCAUCUGGAUCUUUUCAGGAUCGACAUUCCCCAUCUUGCCGAGGGCCAGCCUUAUCCGGCGCGAUACCGUAUCGCCAUGCAAGCGCUUUGGCUCGAACCUAUCGCUCGUGCGUGUACACUUCGAUCCGCGGCUCUCGCACUGCCCGAAAAUACGCUUUACUUUUAUUCGCAUCUGGAUCGCUUGUUUUCGCCCCGUUAUGCGCCCACAGAACAAGACAUUCUGCACUGUAGAGGUAAGACGACUGGUAUACACGAGAUCCAGUUCAAGACGCAGCAUCAUGACUACAGACUCUUUGAUGUAGGUGGACAACGGUCAGAGCGACGGAAAUGGCUUCAUUGCUUCGAAAACGUCACUUGCGUCAUCUUUGUCGCUUCAGUGGCAGCAUACGAUCAAUAUCUGCUUGAAGAUCAACAGUCCAACCAAAUGACAGAAGCCUUGAUGCUGUUCGAAGUCAUUGCCAACUCGCUCUGGUUCAAGUCGACAGACAUGGUUCUGCUGCUCAACAAGACGGAUCUAUUGAAUACCAAAGUGCUGGCCUCGGAUGUGAAAGCCUUCUUCCCAUCGUUCACGGGUAACUCGCGCAGUUCACAAGACGUCAGAAGCUAUUUCAAGAGGCAGUUCCUUGACCGCGUGCACGACAAGAAGAAGGCGGUCUACUGCCACUACACUUCUGCGAUAGACACUCAGCUACUCCGGGUCGUCAUGAGCAGCGUGAUGGACAUGAUCAUCUCCACGAAUCUUCAAGCGAUCGCAUUUUAG